GCGCAUACACUCUUCUCAUCAUAUCUGGGCGUGGAAAGAUAGACGGAAAUUACUGUCCGUGAAAGACCGAGACCGCAGCAUGCCGUCGACGAGCAGGAUGCCCUAUGCAGCAAACACCCCGGACCGAUCGGCAUUCGAUGUGUCAAUCCCCCUCUCUCCCCAAGUCUCCUAUAUACCGGCACCCACAACCUCGGACACCGCAGAUCCGACGUCAUCGUAUGUGCGAAUACUGCGUGAAGCUUCCAGGUACAAGAGGCGUGCCCGCGAGGUCUUUGAGAGCAACAUAGGCUUGCUACUCGUCGCUUCCGCCCAACUGUUCUUCUCUUUGAUGAACGUGGGGGUGAAGCAGCUGAAUAGCCUCGACCCACCUGUGCCCGCGGUUGAGCUGAUCUUCGUGCGAAUGGCUAUCACUUGGGUGUGUUGUGUGUCAUACAUGCACAUCAUGAAGGUUCCGGACCCAUUCUUUGGUCCGAAGGGUAUUCGAUGGUUUCUGGUUCAGCGCGGGCUCUUUGGCUUCAUGGGCAUUUUCGGCCUGUACUACUCGCUUCAAUACCUGUCGCUUUCGGAUGCCACAGUCCUGCAGUUCUUAUCUCCUAUAUUCACCGCAGUUGCGGGAGCUAUCUUCCUGCACGAGACGUUCUCGUAUCGUGAAUUGUUGGCCGGACUGACCAGCCUAGUAGGGGUAGUUCUCAUCGCACGUCCACACUUUCUGUUUGGUGCGACCCCGAAUGAAGCGCCAACACUUCCUGAUGACCUAAUGAAGCGGGUUCCGGAUGCCCAAGUCACUCCUGCACAGCGUCUUUUGGCGGUUGGCAUUGCAUUGUUCGGUGCGGUCGGCGCGGCGGGAGCUUACACGACCAUCCGUCUCAUCGGAAAACGCGCGCACGCGCUACACAACCUGGUUGCGUACUCCAUGCUGUGUAUGAUCGUCACCUCCAUGGCGAUGAUAGCACUCAGGAUCCCUGUCGUUGUCCCCAUGAGAUGGGAUUGGCUCCUGAUGCUUUGUUUCAUAGGGCUUGCAGGAUUCAGUGGCCAGGUAUUGCUCACCAUGGGCCUUCAACGCGAGACGGCCGGACGAGGAUCCAUCGCGGUAUAUGGACAGAUUGUCUUCGCGACGCUGUUCGAGCGUAUCUUCCUCCACACCACCCCGUCCCCAUUGUCCAUACUCGGAACUGUCAUAAUCGUCGGCUCCGCGCUCUACGUUGUGCUCACCAAGAAAACAACACCUGAAGACGGCGCGCGUCCCACAACGUCAGAUGACCCGUCCGUCGAGGAAGGCCUACUCGCAAGCCAUGACACCGACGAGCCUGAAGGCGACACGAUUCAGAGCCAGACGAUUGUUCUCGCUGACAACCAACAGCUGAAGACGAAGGUCUUGAGCUAACGAGCCGUUGAGCAACGCCCGACCUAUUGACGCAACCUCUCACACCUCUUGUUAUAUCCAAUCAAAUGUACCUUUCGCAUUUAGUUGCUCCGCUCUGCUUGAUAUGUAGAACUUGCAUUGUUGCAUCAGAUAGCUGUUGUAGAGAUCCC